AUGGGUUCAGGAGCAGCUUCUGCAACAAUAGAAGAUGAAGAAAAAGGGUGGGGGCAGAGAGAAGGAACCCGUCUCACUAUACCUCGCUCGUUGUCGCAGGUGGAAACGCUUCUCGAUGAGUGGAUCGAGAAGACUGGGUACCUCCCUGGCGAGGAUCUCAUCCUUGACCUCUGCGUUGAGCUCCUCCAGGAAACGGGCCGGCCGCAGGUUGUUGCAAGAGUGCGAAACUCUAUUGAGAAAUCAGCGGUAGAACUCCUGCCCUGGCGGAGAGAAGAGAGCAAACGAGAGGCCUCGGCUCCAUGUGCAGAGGGAUCGAACACACAAAUCAUCUCCUCCUUAAACAGAGAAAAAACGAUCCAGAAAGUCCGCCUCCGCAUCCCAGCUGGCCGCUCCCCACUGACGAGCGCGUCCGCCUACUACUUCAGUGCCCUCAAGAAUUCUGUGGUGUACGAACCUCCUCUCCAAGAAAAGAAAAUGCAGAGAAGACUCACCACUCAGCAGGCCUUGGAAAUGAUCCUGAGUGAAGUAAACCCUUGUGACUCAGAUGGAGAAGACAUAGAACUUCAGCCGGAUUCGGACUCAGAGCUGUCUUAUCUGUCUUCAGAUGAGGAGACUGCUCCUCAACCAAAAAAGAGAGCCCGUUUGGGGACUGACCUGACAGAGACAGCGAAAGAUGGCACAGUGUGGUGUGAAGAACAGGUGGGGACGCGUCUCCCUUUCACCCCAAUCAAAGCGUGUCUACUGACGCUGACGGCGUAUGCGCCCAAACGGAAGAAGACCGUCUACAUUCUUAGCAGCAUGCACAGCGUGAUUCAGACUGAUAAUACCACCAAAAGGAAGCCAAACACUGUCACCCUUUACAACACCACAAAGUGCGGCGUGGAUGUGAUGGACCAGAUGGUGCGGGAGUACACUGUCCGUACAGGGACACGGCGCUGACCAGUUGCCGUGUUCUAUAACAUGAUUGACAUGGCAGCACUGAAUGCACAUGUGCUGUAUCAAGCAUGCACCGGAAGGCAGGAAAGACGGGUGGACUUCCUGGUGGAGCUUGCAAGAGAGUUGGCUAACUUUCAUAUGUGUGCGAAGAAGGCAAGAAAAGAACAAUUGCUUCGGACACAACCCUCCACACCUAGCCCUGGAAAAAGAGCCAUGUGUCAGGUCAAAAACCAAUGCAAGAACAAUCAUGCCACUGUGCGAUGUGUUCACUACUACAGAUACACAUGUGGUAAAUGCAGACGGGAGAUACCAUGGCAGUGCCAGGAUUGUGAGUGAUUGCUGGAAUGUACUCACUCACUUUUUAAUAUUAUUUGUAAAUAUGUGUAAAAAUGGUUGGUUUCUUUAUUUUAUUUUGUACUAUUUUAUCAAAUCUCAGCAACAAAGGAAAAAAAAACAUGUGUGUUGAUUUCUCCCUAAGAUGGCAAAGUGAAACACAAGUUUCCUUGAAGUGGCUCAGCAUGGCCCCACAUUGUUUACAUAAUAAAAGCAACUGUUCACAGCUGAUUAAGGAUAUUAGCCUAAAGCCUUCCAGCCCAUCGGCUGUCCUGCGGGUUUUAUAGGUAGAAAAGCCAAAUGGCUGCUCUCUGGGACUUCUAGUGUUAAAGAGGUGUGUGAACUUGCAAGCAUGAUGUCAGACACCGUAAUAUGCUCUGGUCCCCUCCCUGCUUACCGUGGUGAUGAGAUGCAUAGCAGAUUGUCAUCACUCAAUGGCUGGAUGUCUAAGUGGUGCCCGCAGAAUAACAUAGGUUUCAUAGACAAUUGGAUAAGCUUUUGGGGCAGACCUGGGGCCUCAUUUAUAAAACUGUGCGUAGGAUCCUUACUAAAACUCUACGUACGCACAAAAGCCAAAAAUAGCGUAUGCAAAAAAAUAUUCAGAUUUAUAAAACCAUGCGUACGCACACCUGCACGCAAUUUUCACUUUAUAAAUCACAGCCUACCUGAUAAUUUGCGCACGCAAAAAAAAAAAAAACAUUUAUCGCCCUUUAUCCGCCCACAUUCAACCAUAUAUAGACAAUGCAAAUUACCUCACUGGCCAUGCUUAUUAAAAGGAGCAAGGAAAUUUCUGUUUUUUAAAAACAAAAUCAUGGCAGCAAUGGAGAGCAAGGGCAAGAAGCGAAAUUUCUCUGAGGCAGAAAUAGAGAUUCUUGUGAGUGAGGUGGAUGAAAGGAAGGCUAUUUUGUUUGGUGGCCACAGCAGUGGAAUUACCAAAAAAAAAAGAAAUAUUUAGAGUGGCAACACAUCACUGCUGCGGUAAACGCAGUUGCUUCGGCAAACAGGACGGUUCCAGAUGUAAAAAAGAAGUGGUCCGAUCUUAAGGUGGGAGCAAAGAAACGGCUUGCCUCUCACCGACAGAGUGUGUGUGCGACUGGUGGGGGCAAAGGCGCCCACGAUUUGUCCCAAAUGGAGACCCGAAUGGCCUCGAUUCUCGGCCAAACCAGUGUGUGUGGCAUUGUGUCUGAGAGGGAGGGAGACACAGAUGUGCUGGAUACAGGGGAACCAGGUAAAUAACUUGUUUGCUCAAUUAAACAAAAUAAAUUGGUUUAGUCCUUAUUCUUGCAGAGUCUGCGGGAGACCAGUGUGACGAAACUCCCAGCGCAGAGUCUGCAGGGGCUAUGGAGUUUCCCGAGGUCCCCAGCACAAGUGCGUCCCGACCUUAUGGCAUGGCGGGAAGUGGCCGGGUGCUGACUGAGGCUGUUCUGCAGACACAGAGAGACACCAUUAAUGCAAUUACUGUAAUCGCAGAUGAGCUUAAGCAAAUAAGGGUUGUGCUGGGUAACAUUGCAUCUACAUUAAAAGAUCUUGUUAAAAAAUUAACCUUUGCACUGUUGUUCUUCACAAAUGGCGCAUUACUUCCUGAUGGAGCCUUGCUCCCUGAUGAUGUCCUUCUUGUUGGGGAGGGGGGUGUGGGUCAGGCUCUUCAUGCUGGUGUUGUGGUAGGUCGGGAGGAACAGCGAUACCAUUCAUCAGUGCAAUGUUGUGUAAAAUAGCGCACAUCAUGAUGAUCUGGCACACUUUUUUUUGGUUGAUAUAAAAGUCUACCACCCGAAGCAUCAAGGCAACGCCAUCUACACUUGAGGAGGCCAAUGGCUCUCUCAACUACUGAGCGCGCACGAGCGUGGGUAUCAUUAAAGCGCACUUCUUCUGCGCUCUGAGGGUUUGAGAAUGGGGUGAGUAGCCAGCGCCUGAGCGGGUAACCGCUGUCACCUGUAAAGUAUAACAGUUUAUUUGUACAAUAGGCUUUAACUGUUAUGUAAAAACAAUUAUAUGCAUUUACUUACCCAGAAGCCAGCCAUCGCGAACGGCACCUGCCCUAAGUCGAUUCCCUACACUGCUGUGCGCUAGAAUAAAAGAGUCAUGUGUAGAACCAGGCCAUCGUGCCACAACAUUCCUUAGAGUCAAGUUGGCGUCACAUAUAAUUUGCACAUUUAUUGAAUGCACAUGUUUGCGAUUCACAUAAAUGAAUUCAUCUACAUAUGGAGCCCUUAUAGCAAUAUGAGUGCAGUCGAUUGCGCCGAUUACAUUUGGGAAACCGGACAUUGCUGCAAAUUGCCUUUUGAUAUUGGCCUGUUCUCCAACAGUGUAAGGAAACUUUAUGUAUCGAUUGGUCAUUUGAAUAAUCCCUUUCAAAACUGCAGGCAUUAAUGAGCUUAGGGUUGGCUGUGAAAUCCCAGACCUAUGACAAAUUAAUAGGAAUGUUAAAAUCAAUAAGGUUUUGCAUAAAAAAAGUACACGUAGUUACCUGUCGCCUAUUUCCCGCUGAUAUGUCCCGGUUGCCAAAAAUCCUAAAACUGAAAGUACUUGGGUUGGUACCGGGAUGGCGCGGUUCUGUGUUGUUGGUCUUUGUAAUGCUGGGCCAAGUUCAGCACACAGAUCCAAGAGCAUGGCUCUAGGAAAUCUAAAGCGGCUUAUUAGCCACUCAUCAUCAUGGGCUAGGAAAUCCUCACGGUCCCUGAAUACUCUUUCCCUCCGAAGUCUGCCAUUGGCAUAGUCUUCCAGCAGUGCCAGCGCAUCCAUCAUACAAUAUGCACUUAAGUGUUGCUGCAGUAGGCUAUUUAUGUUUUCAGCUAUCAGAUUUAAUCAUUUACACCUUAUCACAUUAAUCACAUAAUGAGUGAUAGGCCUACAUCCAUUUAAGAUAUAUACAUAUAGUUACUUUUAUGUCUUUAAACUAAACAUGCAUGUAUGUAUCUUUAGGACCCAUAAUGGUGAUUUUAAUGUUAUUUGUAUUUUUUGUUGUAACCGGGACCUAUGAGCAACUUGUAAAUAUUGUAAAUAUUGAAAUAUGUCAAAGUAAAUUUUGCCAUUUUGCAAAGGGUUAAUUCCCUUUAUCCGCAGUCAGUUCCUCAACUCACCAUCAGUGUCGCCAAACUGCUUUGUCUUCAAAAUGUGCGUACGCAUGGGUCAGAGUUUGCGUGUAGGUGCGCAUAAUUUCACGUCAAGUUUUUCUUUAUAAAUCCCACCUUUUGCCCAGGAACUGGCGUACGCAUGUUUUCAGCCCCGUUUUGUGCGUACGCAAGCUUUAUAAAUGAGGCCCCUGACCUGUUGAAAAGAGAUGGUCUUCAUCCCUCCUGGGGUGGUGCCGCUCUUCUUUCUAGAAAUAUGGCACAUAGUCUUAGAGUU